AUGGCGGGUAGAUUCUCGACCUCCGAAGACGGCGAUGUCCAGGUCAUCCUUGGCCCACGUGAAGAUCUUCAAUUCAAGGUCCAUUCGCAGGUACUUCGCGAGUCCUCGCCUGGCUUCUUUGCGGAUCUGGUCUCCAAGAAGUCUGAGGCUCCUUUGGGACCCACGGCUAAGCGUCAGGGUCGACCACUCUACCACAUCGAGCUCAUUCAGCCACCGAGUGAACAAUUCAAGAGUGGAAUUUUGGCCCGUUUGGAACUGACCGACAAGGGGAUGCUGGCACCUACUAACCCGCCCAGCGUUGCAUACGCAAAGAAUUCAGGAUUGACUCCUAAGGUUGAUGAGAACAUUUACAAGCAGUACAAGAACUGCUUCGCAGCCAUGUACAACAAGCCACUCGACAUCCAGGGUAAGAACCUCCAGCACAUCAUGAUGGAGGCGUUCCCUCACCUCGAUAUUGCUGAGUACCUGGACAUUCUGCCGAUUGUUUCGAAAGCACUCGAGAAUGUGUUCAUGGCAUUUGGCCAAGAACUCUUCCGCAUCAUCUCUAGACAACCAACAGUCUGGCUCAACGCGGCUUAUCGGAUGAAGAGCGUACUCAUCUUCAGAGAGGCUGUGAUCCAUACCGUGGGCAAAUAUAACAGUCUGACCGAUGCUACAAAGUCGAUCAUCUUCCCAGAGUGCAUGGCUGUCAUCGAGAGAAAACGCGACCGCCUGAACAUGCGUGGCAAGGUCCUCGAAGCAAGAAUCAUCUCACUGUACCCUCGCCAAAUCCAGAGAAGGGCCGGUGACAAUAGUCAGCGCCAGGCCUACUCCGCCGACGUGAUGUUCUGGGUAGCUCUUGGUUUCUUCCGCCAUUGGUUUGGCCAGGCCAUCGUCAACGACAAAAGCUACCGCGCCCCGGACGGCGGAUUUCAGUUCUACACCGACCUCGCGCAAGCAGGUCCCAGCGCCUACCUCGACCGCACGGUCCUGAAUGUCUUCCACAACAGGUUCAACAUGUCCAAGAAGGCGUCGCAAGUUGUCGAGAACCAUGUCCUGGAGAUAAAAGAGCUUGUGCGACAAUCGCUUGUCGAGGCUGAACUCCUGAGCAACGAGAGCUUGUUGGAUCUUGCUAAACACCCUGUUGACCACUUGACCAGUUGCAAGUUCGACAACGAGAAGGAUAUUCCGUGGGCGCUUCCUACCGCUGGUGAUAAUAUUGAUCAAGACCAAGACCCGAUCCCAACUCGCAAGCGUUCAGCCCCAUCUAGAGCUUCCUCGGAGGUGGACAUGGAAGAAGUCAUUGAGAAUACAAUGUUUGGUGAACCUGAAAAGGAAGAUGGGUCCGAUGACGAUGACGAAACUAUGGGUGGAGUAGAAGUGGACACGAAAAAUAGCGACGCAUCUCACAAGCGCUCUCGUAAGGAAUGA